AUGAAUGCUGUGAUACCAUCGAGAGGAACAAAUCAAAAACGUCGAUCUAAACGUCUUCUCCUUCAAUCUGAAAGUGUCCACGUUUGUUCCUGGACUUGUUCAUGUACAAGACUUGUCAACCAAACUCCCAUCUCAGUUUUGCGGAAGCGUGGCAACAUGUCACUCAGCACGAGAGAACACUUUGAUUGGAUCACUGCGCCAAAGUCGAGAAGCUUCAGAAAAAACAAAACAUGA